UUCGCUGAAUGCGGGUGAGAAAAAAAAAGGCUGCUGAAUCUCCAGUAUUUUGAUCACUAGUGUUGUCAAGAGUCCGCUGUUAACUUUAAAUAUAAAAAUGUCAGAAAACUUAGUGUUUUAUUCAGAAACUAAGUCCAUUAUGGAAACUGUUAUUAAGACUACUGUUGAUGUUUUCGGAAAUUCAAAAGAAGAAAAUGCCACGAAGGAGCUAAAUGUGAGACGUAAGCCAGAUUUCGACAGCGUUGUGGAAAUGUUGGCUCAGGAGGCAACGAGGAAGAUCAACACUAUUUUCACCCAACUGUCGUCACUACUGCACAACGAAAACAAGACCCUGAAGGCCAAAGUGGGACAGCUGGAGAGCAAGCUGACAACUAUGACUGCAAAUUUUGAAAAUGCCAGAAUGUGGAGAGAAAACGUCCUGAACGGUUGCCCGGUUCUGUUUGAGGAGACCGGAUUGAUCUUCACCUUGAAGCCGUUUGGGAAGUUCAAAAGAAAACCAGAUAAAAUAACAGAAGGAGUCACAGAAUCAGCGUCUGCUGCUGGACUGAAGAGUGGACACAAUGCUGGUGGCAGAGAGGCGACAAAGGAAGUGAACUCCGAAGCCGAGUCAUCACCAGCUAGUACACAAGACACUGCAGAGGAUCGUACGACGACUAACACCACAGAGCCCAAAAACACUGACAGCCAAAACAAACAGGAAGCUGAAGUCCAGAAGAAAGGGAAGAUUUUUGCAUGCGAUGUCUGUAACAAGAGCUUUAACCGUCAGUUUCACCUGAUAAAGCACAUGAACACUCACAAAGAACAGAGGCCUUUCGCCUGCGACCAGUGCCCGAGAAAAUUCAGGAAUACGGAAACUUUUGAGCACCACCUGCUGCGCCACGAGGAGAGGAAAUACACGACCUUCAAGUGCUCGCUCUGUGAGAAGACAUUCAAAACAAAAAUGCACCUCAAGGCUCAUCAGCUCGUACACACAGACACGAGGCCUUUCAUCUGCUCCACCUGCGGGAAGGGAUUCAAAACUAAACACAACCUACAGGCUCAUCAGGUAGUGCACAGCGUUGAAAAGCCGCACAAAUGCACAGAAUGCGGCGAGAGUUUCAGGUACGCGUUCACGCUGCAGUGCCAUAAAAGCAUUCAUACUGGUGAGCAUCCUUAUAAGUGCACAGUGUGUGGCAAAGCUUUUAUAAAGAGGAGAUCACUAAGGACGCACCAGGCUGUCCACAGAGGGAAAAUCUUUACGUGCGAGACGUGCGGAGCGGGCUUCACUCUUCAACACAACCUGAAGAGACACAUUCGUAUUCACACAGGCGAGAGACCGUUCAAAUGUAAAGUCUGCGGGAAGAGUUUCAUCCAGGACAACAAGCUGAAAGCCCACAUGCUUCUCCAUGGCGCUUCAAAGUCCUUCAUGUGUGACCUGUGCGGAAAAACUUUUCUUUACAACUGCCAGCUGCAGAAACACCUGAAAGUAACCCACGAUGAAAGACACGGGCAGGUCAUCAGAAGACGAACCCGAGAGCGAGGUAACCGCAGAGUCAUCUAUCGACGGGACAGAACGACGGUAGAUGUGACGCCGUUCACCUGCAAGACCUGCCGCAAGGGCUUCGACACCGCGGGUUUGCUGAAGAGACACGAGCUGAUUCACACGGGUCAGUUGCAAUACAACUGCGACACAUGCGGGAAGUCUUUUUUCUACAAGGCCACCUACGACUACCAUCAGCGGAUCCACUCUGGAGAAAGGCCGUUCGGUUGUGAGGUGUGUGGGAAGAGGUUCAUCAUCCUUCAGGCACUCAAGUCCCACAAACUGCAGCACUCCGGAGACAAACCGCAUAAUUGCGAGCAGUGCGGCAAGGCCUUCAGGAUCUACACUAACUACCUCAGACACUUACGGAUCCACACCGGGGAGAAGCCGUACGAGUGUGAGGUCUGUGGAGUGAGGUUCAGGCAGCUCGGACACGUCAAGUUUCACAUGCAGGUCCACACGGGAGAACGGCCGUAUUCCUGCAGCAGCUGUGGACUCGGAUUUUCAGACUCAAGGCUGCUCAAGAAACACAACUGUACUGAGAAAUAUCAGAAAACGUUAGGGAACACAGUCAGUACGCCCUGAACCUGAGCACCUGGUGAUGAUAAUUAUAAUGCAGCAGUGAAUUCUAUUUAUUCAUUCUGCAAGGGUAGAUCUUUAAAUUAUUAUUUCCUCCCAGGACAAAACACCCACUGAAAUUAAUUGGACAUCUAAGGCUAAAACCAAAACAGGAAGUGAUAUAGAGCAAGAAUGAAACACCAAGCACCUCUAGUACUGCACAUCAUGUAACAGAAUAAUCAUGUUGACAGUUAUGUUAAUCACAUGAUCAUCGUAUGUGAGUUUUUCUGAUAAAUGCUGCCUGAAGAAAAUGCAAUCAUGGUCAUCAUGAGUGGGAGACACAAAGCUUGACAUGUAUAAUUGCACACUUUGAAAUGUCCUGCAACCAACAGAUAAACCUUAAAUCACUGUUUAAAUAAAAGUGGUUUUAAAUGUUA